UAGAGCCUUUUUUAAACAAUGGAACAACGUGAGCUAUCCUCCAAUCCUCCUGCACCUCACCCGUAGAUACUGACAUUUUAAAUGUAUCUGCCAGGGCCCCUGCAAUUUCAACACUAGUCUCCUUCAGAGUUCGAGGGAACACCCUAUCAGGUCUUGGGGAUUUAUCUACUCUGAUUUGCCUCUGAGUUGGAGGGUGGAGGUAGAUAUGAUAUGAAGAGAGGUGAGGUACACCCAAGGUGCAGAACACAGGAAAGUGGGUGAGAGUCAGGAAGGGGAAUGAGGUUAAAUUGCCAUCGCAGAGUACUCUUGUGGUUAUCCCACACAACAACAGGUGGACCACUUUAGACACUGCUUGGGGGUGGGGAGAUUACUUGACAGUGGAAGGUCAAAGGGGUGAUAUGUGAUUUGUUUAUUAGGGGAACAGAACUAGAAGGAGACUAAUAUCCUAGUGGUAAGGUGCUAGUGCCACUAUUGGCAUGAAUUAAUCAGUCUGCUGGCCUGGUGGAAGAAGCUGUCCAGGAGCCUGUUGGUCCUGGAUUUUAUGCUGCAGUACCGUUUUCUGGAUGGUAGCAGCUGGAACAGUUUGUGGUUGGAAUGACUCUGGUCCCCAAUGAUCCUUUGCACUCUUUUUACACACCUGUCUCAGUAAUUGUCCUGGAUAGUGGUGAAAAAUGACACAGAAUUUGUCUACGGGAAUCUCGAACACAACACGCCAGUUUUGCCGUCUCUGUCCAAAUAUUUAAGAAGUGGAGCAAGGGAUUCACUCGAUCAUCCUUCCUACUCAGACUGUAGUGAGAGAUUCACUCGAUCAUCUGACCGACUGGCAAACCCAUCAGUUUUACACAGGGGGGACCCAUUCACCUGCUCAGACAGUGGGAAAGGAUUCACUCGGUCAUCUCAGCUGAAGGUACAUCAGCAAAUUCACAUUGGGACAAGGCCAUUCAUCUGUUCUGUGGGUGAGAAGGGAUUCAGUCGGUCUUCCGACCUGUGGUUCACACUGGGCAGAGGCUGGUCACCUGCUGAAUUUGUGGAGAAGGAUUCACUCGGUCAUCUGACCUAAUGGCUGACCAGAGAGUUCAUGCCAGUGAGCGGCCGUUCACCUGCUCGGACUGUGGGAAGGGAUUCACUAAAUCAUCUCAGCUACUGAGACACCAGUCAGUUCACACUGGGGAGAGGCCGUUCACCUGCUCAGACUGUGGGAAGGGAUUCACUCAGUCAUCGGACCUACUAAGUCAUCAGUCAGUUCACACUGGGGAGAGGCCGUUCACCUGCUCAAUCUGUGGGAAGAGAUUCACUCACUCUUCCACUCUACAGAGACAUCAACGAGUUCACAGUAGGGAGAAGCUGUUCACCUGCUCAGUAUGUGGGAAGGGAUUCACUUGCUCAUCCCACCUACAGAGACACCAGCGAGUUCACACUGGGGAGAAGCCAUUCACUUGCUCAGACUGUGGAAAGGGAUUCGCUCAGUCAUCCACCCUAUUGGCACACCAGUCAGUUCACACUGGGGAGUGGCGGUUCACCUGCUCAGAAUGUGGGAAAGGAUUCACUCAGUCUUUCGAACUACUGGCACACCAGUCAGUUCACAGUGGGGAGUGGCCUUUCACCUGCUCAGACUGUGGAAAGGGAUUCACUCGGUCAUCUGCCCUGUUGGCACACCAGCAAGUUCACACUGAGGAGUGGCCUUACACUUGCUUAGACUGUGGGAAGGGAUUCACUCGAUCAUCUCAUCUGCAGAGACACCAGCGAGUUCACACUGGGGAGAAGCCGUUCACCUGCUCAGUUUGUGGGAAGGGAUUCAGUCAGUUAUCCUCAUUACAGAGUCACCAGCGAGUUCACACUGGAGAGAAGCCGUUCACCUGCUCAGACUGUGGAAAGGGAUUCACUCACUCUUCCACCCUAUUGAUACACCAGCGAGUUCACACUGGGGAGAGACCAUUCACCUGCUGUGAAUGUGGGAAAGCAUUCGCUCGGUCAUCUCAUCUACAGAUACACCAACGAGUUCACACUGGGGAGAGGCCGUUCACCUGCUACGAAUGUGGGAAGAGAUUCACUCGGUCAUCUCAUCUACAGACACACCAGCGAGUUCACACUGGGGAGAGACCAUUCACCUGCUACGAAUGUGGGAAGGCAUUCACACGCUCAUCUGUUCUACUGAAACACCAGCGAGUUCACUCUGGGUAGAGGCCGAUCUGCUCAGACUUUGGGAAGAGAGUCUCUCAGCCAUCUCCACCAAAUGUGCAUCAUUGAGUUCACACUGGGGAGAGGCCGUUCACCUGCUGUGAAUGUGGGAAGCGAUUCACUCGGUAAUCUAAACUUGUGACACACUACCGGGUUCACACUGGGGAAAAAGUUUCAAUAAGCUGCAUGCUGGAUAUUUGUCCAUCACCGUUGCUGAAUGCAAUUUCAAGAGUGACUGUCGAUGCUGAACUCUGCAAUUAUUGCUGCUGCUCACCACAUCCAGUUCUGCACCCUGGUCACUGGGCACAGGAGGAGUUUCUUCUGCUGCACGUUCACCUUUCAUGGAACUGAAGUUUAAUAAGAGUCAACUCAGGCCGGCUGGACCUUACCAGUGAUUCAGUUCCACGACAGUCCUUUUAAAUCCUCCCGUGGUGUUCCCCUCUCGCACUCCCUGUGGUGACGGGUUCCAAACAGCCACCACUCUGUGGGUGAAGAGGUUUCCCUUGAAUUCUCUGCAGACUGAAGAAGUCAAGCUGACUACAGUUCUGUUUCAGAUGUUCUUUUCCCCUCUAAUCUCUGGGCUGAGGAAGAAUGACAUUGGUAGUUAACCUCCUUAAUCAUGCCACAUUUCCACAUUAUGGGUCAUUUUCUCUGCUUCUAAAUGGAUGUUCAACGGAGCAGGGUCAGAAACCAGAGGCGUGUUUGCACGGGGCAGAGUUUGUGGCUCUGGACGGUGGUCGGGGUAAGAACGUAUGAUGAGGAGAAGGGAAUCAGCAGCGGGGCGUAGCAAAGAAUGACAGAGUUGCAACAUUUGGAAGCUGAUUAACAGAGAAAAUCUUUCGUUUGCUUGACUGAUGACACAAACAAUACCUGUGGUGAGGUGCUCCACUGGUCGAGGAACAUGUGUGUGUUGGGAAUGGUUUUAGCUAUUCAGGGAGUCGUUCCUGCUUGUUUAUCCUGUAAUAUUAUAUCCGGAUGGUUAUUAUGGAUUGUCCUAUCUGAAAUAAUGUAUUGAUUGUCAUAUAAUUUGUAUGAUUUUGACUCCAAAACUGAUCAUUUAUGGAGCCUUUAUGAAGCGAUGGAGGGCAUCCAUGAGUCUGUAUUUUAAAGCAAGAUUUUGGUGAAUGAUAUUUGCCACUUGAUUGUACCUGUGUAAGUAACCAGAUUGAGUUAAACUGCUGCAGGAUCCUGGAAUGUGUUGGAUUGUGUCUGGUUUCUCUUGGCAUUUUCUGCAAUUACUGCCUUGUUUGUUUGUAUUUCAUGUAUUUUCGAUUUUUUUUCCUGUUGUUAACCACCUUGUCCUGUAUUUCUGUAAGGAACCCCUCUGUUUCUGGGAAGAGGUCUCCAACUCUCUGUCAGGUGCUCGAUGUUUCCUUGUGAACAUCUAGUCUGCUCAGAUCGUUGGGAUGUCUCCCAUGAAGGGUCAUGCUCAUUCCACUGGUUAAUGUUUUUUCCCAGAGUGAUGAUUCAUUUUUCUGAGUUGGCCUCUGUUUUCUGGUCUGUAUUUUACCACGAUUGCAUGGAGUGCUGAAUCCUGUUCAUUUUUGAUGAAAGUAUAUACUUAGAAAUGUUAUCUAUCCCAGUCUUUAAAAACUGAAUCGGUCAUCGAAGGUUUUAAAAAAAUAUUUAGAAUAAAUCUGACUAGACAAAGAAAAUAUCAAUAGACCAAAGAAUUUCCUAAAUUGUACCCCAGAUCCUCAAAGUACAUUUAACUAUCAUAUUUUCAGUUAAUUUACUAAAAAGAUAAAGGGAGUGAGGAUCCGAGAAGAGAAAUAAUAUAAAAUUUAUUGACAGGGUUAGCUUCUAAAGAAACCCAUAUCGGACAUUCCUCAUGGUUAAUAUAAUGUACCCAAAAUGUAAGAUUUCAUAUAUUGACUGCACAAUAAUAAAACCUAAAAUUUGAUAAAGCUAAACCUCUAUUCUUCUUAGAUUUUUGAAGAUGAAUUUUAUUUAGUUGAGAAUGUUUGUUUGUGCAUAUAUGAGAAGAUAUAAUUGAAUCGACAGAAUAAAAAAGAAUUAGGAAUAAAAAGAGGAUAGAUUGGGUAUUAAAUGAUUCCAGGAUUUGUUUGUUGGAGGAAGUCUUCUUUUGUUUGAGCAAAUGUCAGCUAAAUAUAGUUUACCCAAAACUCAUUUUUUUCAUUAUUUACAAAUUAGAGACUUUCUGCGUUCUCAACUAUAUACAUUUCCUACAAGUUCUGAUAAGGACUUACUAGAUGUAAUUUUUAAUUUGAAACCUUUUUAUAAAGGUUCAAUAUCCAAUAUUUAUGGUAUGUUGCUAGGAAUGAGAAACAUUCCUACAGACAAAAUUAAAAUUCUUUUGGAACAAGAUUUACAGACAUCAAUUUCUGAGGAAACUUGGAAUGAAAUUUUUAAAUUGGUUAACACUUCAUCAUCAUGUGCCUGUCAUUCCCUUCUACAAUUCGAAGUGGCUGAUCGGGCUCACGUGUCUAAAGAUAAGCUAUCUUGAUUCUAUUUGGAUAUAUCCCAGUUCUGUUAAAGAUGCAAUACAGUAAUGGAGAAGCUUCAUUAAUUCACAUAUUUUGGACAUGUCCGAGCCUUGAUAGAUUCUGGAAGGAAGAAAUUUUAUCUGACUGUGUGAUUUUUUUUCAUAUGUGUUAGUUCUCUUCCCCUUUCUGUCCAGGCUGGUCCAAGGUAGGGUUUGAAUGUAAAUAGUAGGUUCUAAUAUUUUCUGAAGUUCUCAUUUAUCUUUGUAAAUUUUACUGAUUGAAAUGGGACCAAGAUAUUUUUAUUCAAAAUGGUGAAUGUCGGUAUUGAUGAAAGUGUUUAUUGUCUUUGUUGUAUUUGCUAACUAUUGAGCUCUGUUUGGCAGGUUUUUUAAGCUUUGAACUAAAUUCUGUCAAAGGUUUUCCCUAUUUCACACUACUUUCUAUUUUCUUUGCUUGUUGAUAUUCCAGAUACGUUGGUGUCAAGAGCCCCGAUGAAGGGUCUUGGCCUGAGAUGUUGAUUCCCAUCCAUAGAUGCUGUCCCACAUGCUGAGCUCCUCCAGCACUUGUGUGUAGUUGCUAGAAGCUGCAGGUCCUCUAGUUUGUCAGAUACUUACGUUUCUUGAAAGAACAAGUGGUAGUGGGGUUGUGUGGCUCUGUUGGUAAAAUAUUAAAUAAAAUCAUUAGAAAGAGGUGGCAUGGGUUGGAAGGUGUAGAUUCUGUGGGUAGAAUUAAGGACAGCAAAUGUAAAAAAAAAUCCCAGAUGGGAAUUGUAUAGAGACCUCCAAACGUAGUAUGUGGUCCACAAAUUGCAAUGGGAGAUAGAAAAUGCGUGCCAAAAGGGCAAUGUUACAAUAGUCAUGGGGGAUUGUCAUGCGGGUGAUUAGGAAAAUUAGGAUGGUGUUGGUCUCGAGGCGGAAUUCCUGGAAUGCCUGCAAGAUGCUUUUUUAGAGCAGCUCGUGGUUGAGCCCACUUGGGGAUCAGCUAUUCGGGAUUGGGUGUUGUAAUGAACCGGGAUUAAUUAGGUCACUUAAGUUCAAGGAAUCCUGAGGGGCAAGUGAUCGUAAUAUGAUCCAAUUCACCCUGACAUUAGAGAAGGAGAAGCUGAAGUCAGAUGUGGAAUAAAGAGAAUUAGAGAGGCAUGAGAGAAAAAUUGGUCAAAAUUGAUUUGAAAAGUAUACGGGCAGGGAUGAAAACAAAGCAGGAAUGGCUGGAAUUUCUGGAAGGGAUUCGGAAGGCACAGGAUCACAAAGAGGAAGUAGUAUUCUAAAGGUAAGGUGACAAAACCGUGGCUGAUAAGAGAAACCAAAGACAACAUGAAAACCAAAGAGAGGGCUUAGAGCGAAAAUUAUUCGGAAGUUAGACGACUGGGAAGCUUUUAAAAACCAACAGAAUGCAACUAAACUAAUUAAGGAAAGGAUGGAAUACAUCGUUGAGCUAGCCAGUAAUAUUAGAGAGCAGACCAAAUUUUCUUCAGGUACAUGUUGUGAGAGGCAGAAAAUGAUGCUGGGCAGGUAAUAAUGGGGAGGGGGUACAAGGUGAUGGCAGAUGAACUGAAUCAGUAUUGUACAUCACUUUUAUCUGUGGAAGACGCUGGCAGGAAUAUGGAAUUCCCAGAUGUCAGCGGUCAGAAUGUGUAAAGUUACGUUACUCAGGAGAAGGUUCUUGGGAAACAGAGAUGGUCUGAAGGUAAAUAGGUCACCUGGACCAGAUGGUGUUCACCCCAGAGAUCUGAAAGAGAUGUGGAGGCAUUAGCAAUGAUCUUUUGGGAAUCCUUAAGGAAGUUAUAUCCUGAGAAGUUUUCUCCUUCACUACGCCCCUCUCCCAGUUUCACCUAUCACCUUCCACUUCUUCCACCCCUUUCACUCCCACACUCUUCCUCUGAUGUCUCAUCUUUUUUUCCCAGUCCUGAUGAAGGGUCUUGGCCCGAAACGUCGACUGUUUACGAUUUCCCAUAUGUGCUGCCUGGCCUCCUAGGUUCCUCCAGCAUUUUGUGUAUGUGUUGCUUGGAUUUCCAGCAUCCACAGAUUUGCUCCUGUUUUUGAUAAAAACAAAAGCAGGGUCAUAUCAAUAAGCAGGAAAAUAGAGGGAAGUUAGAGAAUUGGAAAGCCUUUGCAUAACCAACAAGAGACAACUUAAAAAAAAAACAUACGGGAGAGGCAAGAUGAAAAAUUAAGGUAAGUGAGCCAAUAAUAUCAAGUAUCAAAAGUUGUUCAGAUAUAUAAAGAGUAAAAGAGAGGCAAGACUUGAUAUUGUACUGCUGGAAGAUGAUACUGGCGAGUUAGUAAUAAAGCAAAGAAAUAGCGGUGGAAUGUAUUAAAUAUUUUGUGUCAAUCGUCACUGUAAGGCACCAGCAGUAUAAGGACAUAUGAUGUAGGAGCGGAAUUAGGCCAUUCAGCCCCAUCAAGUCUGCUCUGCCGUUCUUCCAUGGCUGAUCCCGGUUCUCACUCAACCCCAUGCACCCACCUCCUCGACAUAUCCUGCAAUGCCGUGACUGAUCUGCAAACUAUUAGCUUCUGCCUUAAACAUACCCACAGACUUGGCUGCCUCCGCCGCCUACUUCAGAGAAUUCCACAGAUUCACUGAUCUCUGACUAUAUGAAAUCCUCCUUAACUGAUCUAAAAGGUCG